CCUCCCUUCCUUUCCUUCAAGAGAGAGAGAGAGAGGUGAUCAAUGGCAGCAUCAUUAGCUCCAUCUCCCAAAGCUUUGCGAGAAUUUCGAGGGUUUCUCCUCCUCCAUCGGCAGCUUGAAUCGGCUGCUCCGAUGGAAAGUUUUAAGUCUUUUCUGAUGGAGGACCAGAUCUGGCCUGCGCCGGCGCGGGGUCCGCCUGCGGGAGCAGCUAUCCCCGGAGGGGAGCAGCGGCGGCGUCUCGCGGCGGCGACGGCGGUGGUGUGGAGGUGCAGGGCGUACGGCGCGAGGAGGAGGACGAGGAGGAGGUCGGGGGUGCUGCCGCCGUGCCGCCACCUGUGCCUGCCCACGGCGUGCGUGCCAAGCCACCCCGACUGCCCGGCGGUCACCGCGCCCCUGCCCGUGACGACGUCGGUCGUCGUCGCAACGGUCGGAAACGCGCCUAAUAAAAAACCCAAAACUCCCUCGCCCACACCAUACGCGCUCUCGCUCUCACUCUCUUCUUCAUGCUCUUCGUCUGAAACUCCUCUCCCUCUCUCUCUAAAAUUGAAGCGACUCUCAUGGCGGUCGAAGCUCGGCGCGCCGAUCCUUUUCCCGCUCGGAUGAUCGUGAACAGAUUCUUCGGGAAUUCCAUCGCGACGAGGAAGUACCGUUGCGCGAUCCGCUCCUACCCCACCCAUGCGGAGGACUUCAUCCCUCUGCCGUCGACGGAGACGGAGACGCCCGACCCGAUCUCGCGUCCGUCUCGCCGCCGCCUGAAACUUCGCGUCGUCCCGGAGUUCAGCACGGCGAAAUCGUCCGUGAAAUCCGACAGCGGAUCGACCAGCGACUACAACGCCGCCGUUUCUGUCCCCAGGAGCCACCACAAGCGGUCCAGAGACGACGCGAUCGGCGACGACCACUUGAACGGCGAUGGCUUCCCGGCGAGUCGCAAUCCUCCUCACAAGAUGAGCAAGGCGUCACCGUUUCUGGGGCACGAGGUGGGGUUCGAGAUCCAAGGUCGCGAAUCGGAGAUCCACUGUUUGAUUUCGCAACAUACACAGGCGUUCGCGAGAAAACUGAAGAAGAAAGACAGAGAAAUCCAGAGAAUCGGAAGUUGA